AGUGGGGUUGUGUUUUAGCUCAGAGAGACACAAGUAAUUCAAACAAACUCAACAACAUAGACUGAUUUAAAAUGGCCGGAACGGCUUCAGUAGCUGGUGAAGUGUUCGUCGAUGCUUUGCCAUAUUUUGACCAAGGAUACGAUGCAGCAGGUGUCAGGGAAGCGGCCGCGGCGUUGGUGGAGGAGGAGACCAGAAGAUACCGCCCCACCAAGAACUACCUGAGCUACUUGCCCACACCUGACUUCUCUGCUUUUGAGACAGAAAUUAUGAGGAAUGAAUUUGAGCGGCUGGCAGCUCGUCAGCCCAUGGAUCUCCUGAGCAUGAAGAGAUAUGAGCUGCCAGCGCCUUCAUCAGGACAGAAGAAUGACAUAACAGCGUGGCAGGAGUGUGUGAACAACUCCAUGGCCCAGCUGGAGCACCAGGCAGUCCGCAUUGAGAACCUGGAGCUCAUGUCACAGUAUGGAACCAACGCUUGGAAAGUCUACAACGAUAACUUGGCCUUCAUGAUCGAGAUGGCUCAAAAGGAACUUCAGAAAUUCAGGAAGCAAAUUCAGGAUUUAAACUGGCAGCGUAAGAAUGAUCAGUUGGCAGGAGGAGCCAAACUGCGAGAGCUGGAGUCAAACUGGGUGUCUCUGGUCAGUAAGAACUAUGAGAUCGAGCGGGCCAUCGUCCAGCUGGAGAACGAAGUAACUCAGCUCAGACAACAGCAGGGGGACGAGAACAAGGAGAACAUCCGACAGGACUUCUAGAGGAGCAGCUUUCACCCUCAUAGCACUGAACUACAGACCUCCCUCAGUCAGACAGCUUUCAUCUUGUUUGAAUGGACUAAGAGGCAACACGAGGAGGGAAAGUUACCUGUAUGGAGGUUUAAUGUGAAACUGCGUUUGUUCAACUGCACCAUCAAUAACUCUGACAUUGAGAAAGAAACAUCAGCGACAACACGCCUCUUUUUCUGCUGUAAAAACAGUGGUGGAAUACAGUAUAAAGCAGCUUUUUGACUUUUUAAAAGCAAGAAUAUGUCCGGUUUGCAACAAUACAGAACACAUUCACCUUCUUCCAAAUGGAGAGUUCAAUUCAUAAGCAAUAAAACACAUGUCUACAGCCUUUCUUGGCGUGGUAUGACCAACAGGUAUGACCAACAGUCAAGCCACUGGAGUCAGUCUGCUGGCUUUAAGAUUAUUUUCUCCUGUUGCUACUGUUAUACUAGCACUAGUAUCCAAUAUCAUUCAGCAAAGUGGCGUGGUCUUGCUUUAAAAUGUAAUUUAUACCAGCAUGUGUGUUUUGGUCUUUGAGGCUAUCUACCAAGACAGGACUGUGUGUAGAAUUAAGUGUACAUAGUUUGUCAAGUCCAACAGAUGUCUCUGUGAGUCCCGCCUUGACUUCCAGUCAUGCAAUUUUUUAUGCUGUUUUAAUAAAUUGAACAUUU